AUGGGACGUCAACUGCUGAGCGAGAAGGCCUUCUUGACGCUCUUCAUUCCCCUGGCGUGCGCGCUCUUCUUUGGCGCGCCAGCCAUGGUGCUGCAGUCGUACAAGGAGCCCAUGCAGCGCACGCUCGGGGCGACGCCCACAUACGUACAAGGCCAAAUGCACAAGUGGUGGCAAAAGAAGACCAAGUCUCUGCACUUGAUGACGAGCGAUGGCGGCCCCUCGGACGUUGAGAUUCCGCUCGUGUUUCUGCACGAGCGGUACCCGACCGACGGCACGAAGACGCUGCGUCUACACGACGCCAAGUACAAGCGCAUGGCGACCAGCAUGGAGCGCAGCAAAAGCCCGUCGCCGCUCGGCUACGUCUACAUUUUUGACACGAAAGACGCGCGGGAACUGCCCACGGGCGAGCUCGUGCACGUGACGGGGGUCCAGUGGGAGAACGACACGUGUCUUCUCAACACCACGCACCAGCGCAGCUUUCGCAUCAAGAGCAUUCGUCGCGACGCCAAGCAAGGCAUCAUGUACGCCAAAGUCGAGUGGAUUUAGGUUGGCGUUCUUUUGUUUUAUAUAGUGCACACUUAAAACUAUCGAGUAUGAUACCACA